CCGCUACCACCUACUUGUAUGGAUGGGGGCCCUCUUGUUCAUGGACAAGUCUGCGGACCGGGUCUCACUGCUGCCUCUGCAGUUGCUCAACCCAGUCAGCAAUGCGAGAUGGUAUAGCUGGGGUAGUGCAGCAUUGGCCUGGCUGUAUAGGCAACUUUGUGGUGCAUUGAAGAAGGAUGCGAUGCAGAUUGGAGGAGUACUCUUGUUGGUGCAGCUAUGGGCCUAUUCAAGGUUCCCACAAUUAUGCCCUGUUGUGAGGCCGCCUCUACCGCCAGUGCACUCAGGGCCCCUUGCCAUUAGGUGGAGCGGGCCAAAAUGCACCGCAGAGCAUGCCACGCACGUCCUUGCUGCGUACCGGGCGUCACUGGCUACAGUACGGGCCGAGCAGAUUGUAUGGGAGCCGUACACGCAUACGCUAGGCUCCCUACCUGCGUAUUGCACUACUGGGCAGCAUAUUUGGAGGGCCGAGGUGCCGUUGAUAUUCUUUUGGAUAGUGGAGUGGCAUCAUCCUGAGCGAGUCCUCCGAGAAGAACUGGGAGGUAGAACAUGA